UGUAAAGUUAAUGUGACCAUAAAAAAAAAGUUGGAUAAACACGAAACGAUGGCUGAGCGAGAGCAGCAGAUCGCCGACGAAGAAGCAGUUGUAGGAAAAGUUUGCUCGCUCUGUUCGGUGGAUUUGACGAGAUGGCAGGUCACGAAAUUGCCAUGCGAACACGUCUUCCAUUUCUGUUGCGUCAUGGAUUAUUUGGGGAACGUUGAUCUUCACGGCAUCAAAUACUGUCCAGUGUGCAGGCAAGAGUUUUUACUAAUCACGCUGAUCAAAGAAAUUCUCGGCGCGAGUGCAUUCCAACUAUUUAGGAAAAUAAUUUUGGAUGAACCUGCACAUCAUGAGCAAUCAGAUCUGAUGAGAAUCAAUCAUUUGUUAGUUGAUAUACAGGAUUUUGAUGAAAACAACAAAAAUGAGCAGCACAUGCACUGCUCAGAUGAUGAUGAAUUAGUUGUUGAAGAAGAUGCAAAUGGGCAAAUGGAAAUUGGUGAAGAGGAGAAGAAAGUUGAAGAUGAUGCAGAAUCAAAUGAGGCAAUAUGUGGGGAGGAAUUAGUUGAAGUAUUAAAUGAUGCAGCAUAUGAGGAAUCAUCAGUUGAAGAAUCGCUUGAGGAUUGGGAGAGUGAAUGGUCUGAGGAUGACUUUGAUAUGUUUGAGUUUGAUGAAGAGUCAAGUGAUGCAACAUCAGAUGAUAUUGGUGUAUUCAUGGACUAUAAUGGGUCAUCAAAUCAGGAGGAGCUGGAUGAUUGGUCAGAGGAGGAGGAAUCAAGCUUGGCAUCAGCUGAUCUUGAUGAAGAAUUCAAUAGUUCUCCAAUAUCAUCGUCAUGCGGAGGAGAUGCCGACGUAUCGAGUUCGGAUGACGAUAUCGCAAAUUAUUAUUCAUAA